GUACUAGGUAUGUGGUAGGCAUAUAUUGUAUAAUAAGUACCUAGGUAGCGAGUAGCGUAUUUUUGCUACGCGAGCAGAAUUGUCGCGCUGCAAGAAGUCGCCAAACUUAAGUAAAUGCAAUUCAGCGCAUUGAUUGGAUGCGAAGAAUGGCUGAGGCGUGACACCGGUCGCAGCGAUCGAGGCCACCGGCGUGGCGCAAUCGCUUUCAAGACACCCAACUACCCCUCUCUCUUCCUAACAGCCUCCUCUAUCUUUUUCCAUUCUUCCAGCCUUAAAAUUUCAUCCAACAAUAAAUCGGCAACUACCUAGUAGCAUUCUAGUGAUAUAGCAUCAUGAUGGAAGCCAAUCGCGACCCUGAUAUGGAAAUCAGCGCAAAAAGUUCGACAACGGCGGGUGACAUAACUCCAACCCACUCAGUCGCAACAGAAGAUGUCGAUUCGUUACCCGACUACACCCAUAGUUACCUCUCCCCACCUCCGUUUAUCAAGGAGACCGUGCCGUGCCCGGGUAAUACAUAUAUAAUUCGUCAUCCCGUUACAGGACGACAGAUUACUCUCGAACGAGGAGAGCUGCGUCUCAAGCAUCAUACAGGCGAGCAAGGAGGAUACCACUGGGUCUGCGUCGAGAAAGGCGGGUGGCUAGGAUUCUACGACCCCAUACAUGGCACGUAUAUGGGUCGCAAUAAUAAGGGUGGCUAUAUGGCCAAGGUCAAGCACCAUGCUGGCUGGGAGAACUUUUGCGCGCGAAGGCAUCCGGAUGGCGGCUAUCUCCUUUUGACAUCGCACUGGUUCUGUCUGAUGAAGAUGGAUGUCGACAAAAGCGGGACUAAAUUAGUCGAAACAUUUGGUGAGGGUAAGGGGACCGCAUGGGAGUUUGUGAAAGUCUAAGUGGUGGGCUGACCUUGUCUUGUUGCUCGUCUGGAUCGCUCUUUCCAGUAAGAUAUGAGGACUGUUGUUUAAAUGUUUGAUAAGUACCUAGGUAUUAGGGUAGGUAGGGAGUUCGGGAAUUUCAAGGUUCGUCAAUGUGGUUUCUAGCGAGAAUGCAAGAUUUAAAUAAAGUUUCAACAUGCCAAUAACGAUAACAUAUACCAUU